AUGAGCGAGGUUGUAAACGCUAUCGUCGCUUUUGCAGUCAUUGUUAUCAUCUUCCGAUGGGCAACUUCAUCCAGCGACUCUUCCAGUAGGAGGUCAGCAUCUUCAACUCUUGGUUUCAGGCCAAAGAAUGUGACGCAGGAAAUGGUUAACCAGAUACAUUCCAUGUUUCCAACCAUACCACAAGAUAAUAUUCGUUAUGACUUGCUGAGGACAGGGAGCGUUGAGAUCACCUCGAAUAAAAUUCUGGAGCGUGGAUAUCUUGAUGCGCCACCUCCAGCAUAUUUCACUGUCUAUUCUCGCACAGAGGUUCCCCCGCAACCUCGGCAAGUUGGUCCUCAAGGGCAAUCGACAGGUUUAGCACCAACCCCGAAAGAGAACCUUAUAUCUCGUUACAAGCUACAGGAUCGAACGCUAUCCUCCACUUUCUCACCCGAAGAUCAUCUUGCCUUCAGCAAGGCUAACUGGGAGGAUUCAUCGGAGAAGCGCGAGGCUAGUUUGCAGGAAAGGAAAGCACAGAUGAUUUUGGCCGCCAGACAACGAUUGCUGGCACAGCAAACUCGGAAAGAAGAGACAGACGCGGCACCAGGUUCUUCGUCGUAA